UCUGACUUCCUUACUCCUUCUAGUUUCGUUUCUGACAGUUGAGCAGAGGACGCUGGAGUGAGAAGCGCAGCACGACUCUUCUUGUUCUACUCGAUAAAAGUGAACCGAGGAGGCAACUUUCUCACAAGAAGCGACUGCAGAAAUGAAACCCGCAUCCGUGCACUUCAUAGCGGCUGUCUUUGUGUUGGCGACAGCUUUCACUUCGGCUCAGGGAGAUGCCAGACGCCCUAAGCCGCCUGCCAGCAUGGCGCCUGCUGAUUUGUUUUCCUCCACAGCUCCUACCUCUUCAGAAACAACUGCCCAUACCAAUGUAACCACACACAAGACAACCACUCACAAAACUACCACCCCCAAGGUUACCACUGCUCCUCCAACCACCCCCAAGGUUACCACUGCUCCUCCAACCACCCCCAACGUUACCACUGCUCCUCCAACCACCCCCAACGUUACCACUGCUGCUCCAACCACUCACAAUGCUACCACCGCCAACGUUACCACUGCUCCUCCAACCACUCACAAUACUACCACCGCCAAUGUUACCACUGUUCCUCCAACCACUCACAAUACUACCACCGCCAACAUUACCACUGCUACUACAGCAACACCACCCACCCCAAAACCAACACAGCCAACCAACAUCACAGUGGGAAACUACACUGUGAAAGAUGGAAACAAACUGUGCAUCAUGGUCCAGGCAGCAAUCCAGGUCCAGGUCAACAACAGUCAGAUGGUAGGCACCUAUAUUGUUCCAGGAAGUGCUGACAGUACCGGCAAAUGUGAAAGCAAUACUGCCAGUCUCAUGAUCACUUUGAAGGAGGGAUAUGUCUCUAUGAACUUCGCCAAGAAUGACACAACAAAAAUGGUCUUCGUCAAUGCUGUGGCUGUCAACCUGACGUAUGCCUUCAAGUCUGGAGUUUUGUCUCAUUUGGUGAAGAAGAAUGAAUCGGUGCAACUUUUCAGCAUGACAGCAAGUCACUCAUACUCCUGCAAGUCAGAGUCAGUCUUCCUGGGCAAUGGCAUCUACCUGAUGUUUAGUCAGGACAGGAUGCAAGCCUUUAACUUUACCAACAACCAGUUUGGUCCCAUUGACCUAUGCAAGGCCGACCAGCCAGAUUACCGAGUGGCCAUCGGUGUAGGUGUGGUCCUGCUCAUCCUCAUCGUCAUCGUAGUUAUUGCUUAUCUCAUCAGUAGGAGAAAGAGAACAGAUGGAUACCAGACUCUCUAAAUGAGAGACUCCAUAGUAAAGUCUAUACAAGAACAUCACAAUUAUGAUUCAUCUGUGCAAGUUAAAUCUAGCAUUUGGCACUUAGACAAUUUUAUGAAGCAGACCGUACUUUGGAUUUUUUUCUUGGAUUUAAA